UCAAAUAAAACGCCCUCUCUCUCUCUCUCUCUCUCUCUCUCUGCCAAACAAACAAAAUUUCCUUUUCUUUUCUUUGGGUUCUCACAGUUCCCGGAACCUUCUUCUAUUCUCUUCUUCUCUUCACUUCUUCUUACUUGAAUUCCAUUCAUUCCCAUGUGGUCAUGUAUAUGAUAUAAACUUUCUUUUCUUCCCCUUUGCAUAUAUUAAAGAUAAACUCAACCAUCUAUCCAUUUUUCGAUACUCAAGAAGAGAGAUGAGAUGAGGCCGAAUCAACUGCCACCACCCACCGGCUCUGCUUCUGCAUCCAACAACCGGGACCGUCCCCAGCGCCGCCGCAAGGACAACCUGACCUUGCCGCUGCCUCAGCGGAACGCACCAUUACCCAUGCCACUUCCCCUUCCGCCGUCGUCCGCCACCUCAACCUCCGGGCCCACUUACCAGCUGAUCCCUUUCUCGGAGCUCGAUCGCAUCAGUCGCAUCGGCAGCGGGAGCGGCGGCACCGUCUACAAGGUGGUCCACCGACCCACCGAUCGCGUCUACGCCCUCAAGGUGAUAUACGGUCAUCACGAGGAUUCGGUGCGUCGGCAGAUCCACCGCGAGAUCCAGAUCCUUCGCGACGUUGACGAUCAGAACGUGGUUCGGUGCCAUGACAUGUACGAUCACAACGGCGAAAUCCAGGUGCUUCUCGAGUUCAUGGACGGUGGCUCGCUGGAAGGGAAACACAUCCCGCACGAGCAACAGCUCGCAGAUCUAGCUCGCCAGAUUCUCAAGGGGCUCGCCUACCUCCACCGCCGGCACAUCGUUCACCGCGACAUCAAGCCGUCGAACCUUCUGAUCAACUCGAGGAAGCAGGUGAAGAUCGCGGACUUCGGUGUGGGUCGGAUUCUGAACCAGACGAUGGAUCCGUGCAAUUCGUCGGUGGGUACGAUCGCGUACAUGAGCCCGGAGAGGAUAAACACUGACAUCAAUGAUGGGCAAUACGACGCAUACGCUGGAGAUAUAUGGAGCCUUGGGGUUAGCAUCUUGGAGUUUUACAUGGGCAGGUUUCCCUUCGCCGUUGGCAGGCAAGGUGAUUGGGCGAGCUUGAUGUGUGCCAUUUGUAUGUCUCAGCCACCCGAAGCCCCUCCAACGGCCUCGCCUGAGUUUAGGGAUUUCGUUUCCCGGUGUUUGCAGAGAGAUCCCUCUCGUAGGUGGAGCGCUUUAAAGUUGCUGAAUCACCCUUUUAUAGCUCAGGGGAUUCCUCACCAUAACCAGCCCAAUGAGCGUGUUAUGUGACACCCGAGUACUGUUGGAGGAUUUUGCUGAACAAGAACCUGGAGGUGAGGUGGAGAACGGAGAUAGUCUCUUCUUCAUUAUCGCUAGCUAGCACACAAGAAAGAAGAGUUUUUUUUUCGUAUUUGGUUGAGAUUGUUAGUAAUAGUAGUCAUCAAUGGUUGCGGAGCCAAGUGAGGCUCCUCUCUUUUAAUAGGUAGAGUCAGGAAUAUUUUUGGGGUCCCAUUUUGGUUCACCUUGCUUCGUUUUCCUUGGAAGGAUGUUGUUGUACACAUUUGCAAUUUUUUAGAACAUCAUCGCUCUCUUUAAUUUAAUGUAUUUCUCUGUCUCAUACAUUAUAAUCGAACGACUUUCUUUCUGUGAAAAUUGAUUCUAAUUCCUAUCAAGCAUCAUUAG